AUGGGAUCGCCGCUCUCGGGCUUCAUCGCAGAGGCAGUUCUCCAAAAAGUAGAGACCCUAGUUUUCGCAGCCUAUAAGCCGAAAUUUUGGACUCGAUAUGUCGAUUAUACCUCCGUUAUCAUUAAGCGGCUAACGGUCCAAGAAUUCCAUGAUGUCCUGAACUCUGUUUUCCCUGACAUCCAGUUCACAAUGGAGACGGAAGCCAAUAACCAACUGCCAUUCCUGCACGUUCUCGUCCAUCGAAAACACAAUGGGCACCUUAAAAUGACGGUAUAUAGGAAGGCCACUGAUACACGCCAAAUCCUGAGCUUCCACAGUAAGCACCCGUUAAGCCACAAACGCAGUUGUGUGCGAACACUCUACAGAAGGGCAGAAACACACUGCAGCGAGCCGGGCGACGGGUCAGAACUACGCUACCUCCAGCGCCUCUUCAUGUCCAACGGGUAUCCUCGCAACUCCAUCGAACGCGGCAGACAGGCCGGACCGAGCCGACGUUUGGUGACAGAACGACCAACAAUAUGGCGGGCGCUUCCAUACAUCGACGGCGUUUCUGAGGCGGUCUCCCGUCUAAGACCGCUGGGGAUCGGCAUCGCCCGCCGACCGGAGUCAACAAUACGACAUCUGGUCAUGAGACCUAAGGCCUCUCUGCCACCAGAUGAAACCACGAACGUCAUCUACCAAAUCCAGUGUAACUCCUGCGGAGCCAACUACACUGGGGAGACGGGUAAACGACUACAGGCCCGUGUUGGAGAACACAUGAGGGCAGUAAGGCGAAUGGAUCCUUUGUCUUUGGUGGCCGAACACUGCGCCAAUUCCGAGCACACGUUCGCCUUUCAGUAUGUCAAAAUUCUGGGCAGAGGGAGCGACCGCAUAUUCAGGGAAACAACCGAGGCUUGGCACAUGGGGACAACCCCCAUCAACCGUUGUGUGGCUCUUCCCGCUGCCUACCAAGUAUGA